AUGCCAGUGGUUUUAGGGCAUCUCCUUUUACUUAUACUUGGAACAAUUUACCUUCAAAAAGCAAGCUGUCCAACAAUGGCUCUCCAACAAGGGUCAAGAUGUGGGCAGAAAAUUUACGGAGCCGAUCCAUGGAGCUUUUAUAGCUAUCUCUCUCGGAUUGUUGGUGGUAGCCAAGUACAGCAAGGAUCGCAUCCAUGGCAGGUUUCCUUGAAAAGAAGUAAUCACCACUUCUGUGGAGGAACCCUUGUUUCCACUCAAUGGGUAAUCACAGCAGCUCACUGUGUUGUAAGCAGAUCGCUGCUCAGUUUGCUGACUGUCACGGCUGGAGAACAUGAUUUGAGUCUGAAAGAUGAGGAAGAGCAGACCCUCCAUGUAAAAGACAUAAUCAGGCACCCCAAAUUUAAUAGGAAGAAACCAAUGGAUUAUGACAUUGCCCUUCUAAAAGUGGAUGGUCAUUUCAAAUAUGGUUCCACAGUAUGGCCAGUAUGUCUUCCUGGUCCACAUGAAAAGUUUGAUCCAGGAUUUAUAUGUGUCACUUGCGGUUGGGGUCGUUUAAGAGAAAAUGGAAUCCUUCCUGAAGUUCUGCAUGAAGUGAGAUUGCCCAUCUUAGACCAGACUGAAUGUUCCCGAGUCUUGUCAACUCUAAAGAAACCCAUUCAAAGUCACACUAUAAUGUGUGCUGGAUUUCCAGAUGGAGGAAAAGAUGCUUGCCAGGGGGAUUCUGGAGGCUCACUUGUGUGCCAAAGUGAUCAUGGUUCUUGGACUCUGAUUGGAGUGACUUCAUGGGGCAUAGGAUGUGCUCGAAGCUGGAUACAUAAUCUGAAAAGAAAGUAUGAGAAAAGAGGAACUCCAGGAGUUUUUACAGAUCUGACCAAGGUGCUCCCUUGGAUUCAGCAGCAUAUAGAUGCCGAUGUCAAAAUGAAAAGUUCUACAGUAUCAUGUAACAUUCGAGAUGGCGAACUUUCUGGCAGUGAAGGAAAAUUGCUUUUUCCUGAAUUCCCCAAGCAAUUUUAUCAGAAUAAUCAGCUCUGCAUUUGGACUUUAUCUGUUCCACAAGGGAGGCAUAUAGUAUUGAAUUUUUCCCACUUUGAUGUGGAGCCAGAUACAUUCUGUGACUAUGAUUCCUUGUCAGUGAUUUCUAUGGAUGAUAGGCUCCUUGGGAAAUUCUGUGGAAUGGACCUUCCACUACCAAUUUUGAUUGGUUCGAAUAGUGUAAGACUGAAAUUUGUCUCAGAUAAUAAGGAAGAAGGAACUGGAUUUGCCAUGACAUACCAAGCUGUUAAGCCAGCUAGUCUUCUAGAUUCUGGCUGUGGAUCCCUAGCAGUCCUUUUUGAAGAGGGAAUAGUGCAAAGCAUGCACUAUCCUGAAGUGUAUAAUAACCUGGCAGAAUGCCAAUGGAUUGUUCAUGCUCCAGAGAACCAUGUCGUCAAGCUCAUAUAUGAACAUUUUGAACUGGAGGAAAAUGAAGACUGCACUUAUGACUCAGUGACAGUCUAUGAAAAUGUUGCAAAGGAGAAUGAAAUAGCUCGAUCAUGUGGAUUUGCUGUCCCAGCACCAGUUUUGAGUUCCUCUAACACCAUGCUUAUCCAGUUUCAUUCUGAUGAAACAGAGACCUACAGUGGAUUCAAAGCCGUAUUUGUGUUCAUUGAUAUUGCAGAUUUAAAUGUAACAGAUUCAAGCAGUGGAGUGAUGGUACUUGAAGAAAUCAGUGAGCCUGCAAAUGAAACACACAUGCCUGAUGACAGUUGUGGGCUAGCAUUCAAUCAGCCCAGAUUUCUCUUUAGUCGGAUAGUUGGCGGUGAGGAAGCUGUGCCAUAUUCUUGGCCUUGGCAAGCCAGCUUGCAGAUUUUGGAUGAAAACAUCUGUGGUGGAGCAGUUCUCACAAGCACGUGGGUGGUCACUGCUGCUCACUGUUUCAAAGAAGAGGGAAAAUAUCAAGAUCUUUGGAGAGUGGUGGUGGGCAUUCAUGAUAUAAGAGACGAAGAACAGAGCAGCCAAAAAAGAUUGGUGAAGCAAUACAUCACACAUCCAGAUUUUAACAUCAGUACUCUGGAUUCAGACAUUGCUCUAGUGGAACUUACUGAGCCUUUAGAAUUCAAUCAUUAUGUUCAUCCAGUGUGCCUGCCAGAGAAAGAUGAGAAGAUUGAGCCUUCAAGGAUUUGUGUAAUUACAGGAUGGGGCAUUCAGUAUGAAGAUGGAGAAAUAUCAAGUAAAUUGCAUCAACUUGAAGUUCCUAUUUUGGUUUCUGAAGAAUGUCAGAAAUACUAUAUGAAUUAUCCUGGUGUUGUGAACAAAAGGAUGUUUUGUGCUGGAUUUCCUGAAGAAGGGGGGAAGGAUGGAUGUAAAGGUGAUUCUGGAGGUCCGCUGGUUUGUCCUGCAAAAGACUCAAGCUACUACACCAUUAAUGGAAUAAUAAGCUGGGGCUUUGGUUGUGGAAGAAAAGGCUAUCCAGGAGUCUAUACAAAUGUUGCUGUUUUCACUGAUUGGAUCAGUCAAUACAUAUAUGGAAAAACCAACUCAUCAAGCAUGGCAUGAAGACCUCCGCUAAGCUUUGGAGAAGACAACUAAAUAAAGGCACAAUUCUGAAGGGCAUUGCUUAGUUCAUGUACCUGACCCCUAGCAAUUCUGAAUUUAGGAUGCAUGGACUACAUUGGUCAAAAAGGGGGGGGGGAGAUAAAAAGCUGCAACUCUAUAGGAUUUUGGUAACAAAUAUCUGUUCUGAACAUGCUUACUCAAAAGUAAAGCCAAAUUGGGUUUAUUCCCCAGUUACACAUGCUGAAGCUUGCAACCUAAAAUUGCAAUCUUGUACACAAGUUUGAUCCAAAAUCUGCCUCCUGUUGACAGAAAAACUCCUUCCAUCCACAAGAGGUUUCUGAUCCAGCAGGGGAGUCCUGCUAACAGAAAAGGUGAAAUGGAACCCCACCUCCAGUCCCCAGCCCAGACAAUUUUCUCUCAUGGUCCAAGGGACAGGUGACAAUGAUAUAUUAAAGAUCAUCAUCCCCAUUUCCUCUGGAAGCCAGUUUGCUGGCAGAAAAGGAAGUGGACCCAUCCCAAUGGGACUUACCUCUGAGCAAACACAGAUAAGAUAGCAGAAUAAAUGAUUUUACCCUCAUUAAAUAUUCCAAAUGAAAGUAUUUUUAAAUAUGUUACUUGUGCAUGAUGCCAUACAACAAUAUGAUCUAUUUCAGCCAUUCAAAAGAGGGAAAGUAAUAGGAAAAAUUGUUCCUCAUGUUCCUUUAUUUUUUUCUGCAUCUUAUCCAAAUGGGAAUAUUUGCAUAUCCCUCAUGGGAUAUACAUGUUCUUUUUUUUUUUUUAUAAAAU